CGCGCAUCGCAUCAGUUUCAAAAUGAAAGGAUAAAUAAAGGAACCGCUCUGUGGAGAUUAGUCAGCCAUGGAAGUUAUGGAAGCCAUGGGAGUUGGAGCAACAGAUUUGGGAACGUAUUUUUUACUGAUACUUUUCAGAACCUCGAAAAUCGUCUCGAUUUUCCCCCAUUUUCCCCAUUAUUCAAUUGCUCCUCCGUCCCCGGUCGUGGCGGUGGUUCUUCUGCUUCUGCCUCCCCGGAAUCGCGCUUCCUUCUCAUUCACCUAACCUCGAAAACUCCGCCAAAUUUUUAUAUGCUCUGCCACCGCUGCAAUAAAAAGGCCUAGGGUUUCCGUAGACUUACUCAAUUAGAUCCCCGCUUGCUGAUUCACCUUUGCGUGAUUUUGGAGGAAAAAAAAAAAAUAAAUUGAAAGUUCACUCAACUUAAAGCAAUUGGCGUCAGCUUCUUUUCUAUAUUUCUGAUUUUUUGCUGCUGGACAAUCUGGUGCUUUUCAUGUUGUAGUUCAUACUUCACCGCUGCAGAGUAGCCGGAGAUUCAGUUGCCUUCUCUGUUACAGGUGAUCAUGUCGUCAGGGACAAAGCUUAACUCAAUGGACUACAAUGAAGGGAAAGACACCCCACCAUAUGGCUUUGAUGAGAAUGAAUUCGGCGAGAGAAGUGAUGUCGUAAACAAGAUACAAAAUGGAUUUCCUAGCCAAGGAGAGUGGUCAAUGAAUGUUUCUCCAGAAACAGCAGAAAACAGAAUAACAAAUGACAGGUGCCGAGUUUACUUUAAAUGAGAGAAUACGGAUGGAUGUCAAGUGGUUUUUAGAUUUUUAAGGCUGAUAUAAUUUAAAUUGAUUGGUUUAAGUCUAGAGCUGGAAAUUAGUUACUUUCUGUUUCUUUUUGUGUCAUUGCUUUUCCAUUCUAAUGUCUCCUUGUUACUGUAAAUGACCUGGCCCUGAAAUAUCCUAAAGAUCAUUCAUUUGAUUCUUUUGCAUAUUUUCUAGCUUCUUCAUUGUGCUUUCCUCAAUGUCCUUAUCUGAGCUUAGUAGGUGAAUUGACUAGUACUGCAAUAGACUGAGAACUGAAGUUUUAUCGUGGGCCAAAUGACUCUCGAGUGUAUAUCUUCCAUCAGGAUCAUUUUACUGCUACUGUACCAAUGCUUGUGUAGUUUGGUGUAUUGACUGAAGCAAACGACUUAUUCACUUGUGAUUACUAAAUUUUGAUAACCAAGCAGGAUUUUCUUAGGGAGUCAAGCAGCACUGAGUAGUGUCUUCAGUGGGGAUGUGAAAAGGCAGUUCGGAGUUGGAAGAAAAUCCGGACCUUUAUUAUCUGGAACUGCUUAUUGCUUUGCUUCUUGCAGUAUGAUUUUGCUUAACAAAAUUGUCUUAUCAAGUUAUGCUUUCAAUGCUGGAAUUUCCCUCAUGUUUUACCAGAAUCUUAUCAGUACUUUCAUAGUGGUUGUUUUGGGCCUCUUUGGAGCAGUCUCUGUAGAAAAAUUAAAUUGGGAGCUUGUUAAAGUUUGGAUCCCCGUUAACUUAAUCUUCAUUGGCAUGCUUGUAUCAGGGAUGUAUAGUUUGAAGUACAUAAAUAUUGCAAUGGUGACAAUUCUGAAGAACGUGACAAACAUUUUAACAGCAAUUGGAGAAUUUUAUCUUUUCCGGAAACAUCAGAAUCAUCAAGUGUGGACUGCAAUGUUUCUAAUGAUUAUCUCUGCUAUAAGUGGAGGAAUAACUGAUCUCUCAUUUGAUGCAAAGGGUUAUGCAUGGCAAAUGUUGAACUGCAUUUUAACGGCAAGCUACUCGCUCACUCUGCGGCGAGUUAUGGAUAAAGCAAAGCAAUAUACGAAGUCUGGAUCUCUUAAUGAAGUUUCAAUGGUGCUUCUAAAUAAUUCCUUGUCUUUACCAUUUGCCAUCUUCUUGAUACUCUUUUUCAACGAAUGGAGUUAUGUUGCUAAUGCGAAAGUCAUAAGGUUGCCAAUGUUUUGGGUUGUUGCAACAGCUAGUGGGGUGCUUGGGCUAGCCAUCAGUUUUUGCUCUAUGUGGUUUUUGAAUCAAACUAGUCCGACCACUUACAGUUUGGUCGGAUCUUUGAACAAGAUUCCCAUCUCCAUUGCUGGGAUAGUACUUUUCAGGGUUCCAGUUAGUCUUCCCAAUUUCUUCAGUAUACUAUUUGGUUUGUUUGCAGGAAUAUUUUUUGCCAGGGCGAAGAUGUCCUAAUACCGAAAGAAAUGUAACAUAAAGAACAAGACGUUAAUGCCCCAAAGAGCUUAUACCUUUUGCUGGCUAGACUGGCUAGUUGUAGAUUAUUAAUACAAAUGAAUCAUACUUUAUAAACUGAAGUUGCUACUCUGAGCCAAGAGCAUUACAGAAAAUCAAAAGGUUUUCUUCCGUAGGAACUUACCAAUCUGGAUAAAACUUUCAAUGCAAAGAUCAACCCUUUUUCCUUGUUCUUCCCUAUUUUGAGGGUUCUGAAUUGAGUUGUAAAAAGUGUUUUGUUCCGCAUCCAUUUUGCAAUCUUUAAAAGCAAAAUGUGAAGAUGUGGUCCCAC